UUGAUUCACUUUGGAGCUGUAAGUACUGAUGUAUUAGGGUGCAGCGCUCAUUGUUCAUUGACUCAGAGUCCCAAAAUGAAUGUCCAAGAGCAGGGUUUCCCCUUGGACCUCGGAGCGAGUUUCACCGAAGAUGCCCCCCGGCCCCCAGUGCCUGGUGAGGAGGGAGAACUGGCAUCCACAGACCCCAGGCCCGUUGGCCACGGCUUCUGCUCUGGGAAAGGUGCCGGCAUUAAAGGUGAGACUUCAACAGCCACUCCGAGGCGCUCGGAUCUGGACCUGGGGUAUGAGCCUGAGGGCAGCGCUUCACCCACGCCGCCGUACUUGAAGUGGGCCGAGUCCCUGCACUCCCUGCUGGACGACCAAGAUGGGAUAAGCCUGUUCAGGACUUUCCUGAAGCAGGAGGGUUGUGCCGACCUGCUGGACUUCUGGUUCGCCUGCAGUGGCUUCCGGAAGCUGGAGCCCUGCGACUCGAAUGAGGAGAAGAGGCUGAAGCUGGCAAGAGCCAUCUACCGAAAGUACAUCCUCGAUCACAGUGGCAUCGUGUCCCGCCAGACCAAGCCAGCCACCAAGAGCUUCAUAAAGGACUGCAUCGUGAAGCAGCAGAUCGACCCCGCCAUGUUCGACCAGGCGCAGACAGAAAUCCAGUCCACCAUGGAGGAGAACACCUACCCCGCCUUCCUCAAGUCCGACAUUUAUCUGGAGUAUACGAGGACGGGCUCAGAGAGCCCGAAGGUCCUCAGUGACCAGAGCUCUGGGUCGGGGACAGGGAAGGGCAUGUCUGGGUACCUGCCCACCUUGAACGAGGAUGAGGAGUGGAGGUGUGGCCAAGACCUCGAGGAGGAUGGAGGCAGAGACCCUGCCCCCCCCAGCAGGCUCACUCAGAAGCUGCUCCUGGAGACGGCUGCCCCGAGGGCCUCCUCCAGUAGACGGUACAGCGAAGGCAGAGACUUCAGGUAUGGAUCCUGGCGGGAACCGGUCAACCCCUACUACGUCAACGCCGGCUACGCCCUGGCCCCCGCCACCAGCGCCAAUGACAGCGAGCAGCAGAGCCUGUCCAGCGACGCGGACACCCUCUCCCUCACCGACAGCAGCGUGGACGGGAUCCCGCCGUACCGGAUCCGCAAGCAGCACCGCAGGGAGAUGCAGGAGAGCGUGCAGGUCAACGGCCGGGUGCCUCUCCCUCACAUCCCGCGCACCUGCCGCGUGCCCAAGGAGAUCCGCGUGGAGCCGCAGAAGUUCGCGGAGGAGCUCAUCCACCGGCUGGAGGCUGUGCAGCGCACGCGGGAGGCCGAGGAGAAGCUGGAGGAGCGGCUGAGGCGCGUGCGGAUGGAGGAGGAAGGUGACGAUGGCGACCUGUCUUCUGGGCCCCUGGGGAGUCACAAGCUGCCUCCCGGCCCCACCUGGCACCACUUCCCGCCGCGCUACGUGGACAUGGGCUGCGCCGGGCUGCGGGACGCGCACGAGGAGAACCCCGAGAGCAUCCUGGACGAGCACGUGCAGCGGGUGCUCAGGACGCCCGGCUGCCAGUCGCCGGGGCCCGGCCACCGCUCCCCUGACAGCGGGCACGCGGCCAAGGCAGCGGCGCUGGGGGCCGGCUCCUCUGGACACAGCAAGCACCUGCCCAAGUCGGGGGCGAAGCCGGACGCGGCCGGCCUGCACCACCACAGACAUGUCCACCACCACGUCCACCACGGCGCGGCCCGGCCGAAGGAGCAGGUCGAGGCCGAGGCCACCCGCAGGGUCCAGGGCGGCUUCACGUGGGGCCCAGAGUCCUACGGCCACGGAGCCAAGUCCCGCAGCUACUCAGAGAGCACAGGCGCCGCCCCCAGCGCCGGCGACAGCCUGGGCCAUGGCGGGAAAGCAAGUGCGCCCUCCAAAAGGAACGCCAAGAAGGCCGACUCGGGGAAGGGCGCCAGCGUGGACGUGCCGGGGCCCUCGGAGGAUGCGGAGAAGACGCAGAAGAUCGUGCAGUGGAUCAUCGAGGGCGAGAAGGAGAUCAGCAGGCACCGGAAGGCCGGCCACGGAUCUUCUGGGGCGAGGAAGCCACAGGCCCACGAGAGCUCCCGACCUGUGUCCCUUGAGCGCCCUGGGGCCGUGCACCCCUGGGCCGGCACUCAGCUCCGCGCCUCUGUGCAGCCCUCCCACCUCUUCAUCCAAGACCCCACGAUGCCACCCCACCCGGCCCCCAACCCUCUGACCCAGCUGGAGGAGGCCCGCCGGCGUCUGGAAGAGGAAGAGAAGAAAGCCAGCAGGUUGCCCUCCAAGCAGAGGUAUGUGCAGGCGGUCAUGCAGCGGGGACGCGCCUGCGUCAGGCCUGUGUGCGCGCCGGUGCUGAGCGUGGUACCAGCCGUGUCGGACAUGGAGCUCUCCGAGACAGAGACGAAGCCACAGAGGAAGGCAGGCGGCGGGAGCGCCCAGGCCUGCGACAGCAUCGUGGUCGCCUACUACUUCUGCGGGGAGCCCAUCCCCUACCGCACCCUGGUGAGGGGCCGCGCCGUCACCCUGGGCCAGUUCAAGGAGCUGCUGACCAAGAAGGGCAGCUACAGAUACUACUUCAAGAAAGUGAGUGACGAGUUCGACUGUGGGGUCGUGUUCGAGGAAGUUCGAGAAGACGAGGCCGUCCUGCCUGUCUUUGAGGAGAAGAUCAUCGGCAAGGUGGAGAAGGUGGACUGACCACCAGGCCUGGCCACACGCCACGAGGACACGGUCCCAGUGCGCAGGGACGACGGGCGUGGCACGCAGAGGCAGGGAGGGGCCGGGUGCGCCGCCCUCCCUGGUCUGUGUCGGGGGACGGGGCCGUGCCCUGCCCACAGCCAUCUCGGAGCCCGGCCUCGGGGCCAACCUGCUGGCGCUCACGCACCGGGUCCACUUCCCGCGGGGGUUCGCCUGCGGCCAGUGGUCAGGGCCGGCCGAGCGCGGGGGCCUCUGUAAAUUGUACGUGUCACCGAGUGCCUUCGACACAGCGUGUCUCUUACCUGCCACUGUGUGGACCCGGCGCCUGGCCUCAGUCUCAGCCACGCGGUUGGCGGGUCCCAGGUCCCCUCCUGGGGCCGUGUAAAUAUGUACAUUUCUCAGGCCAGGGCAGCAGGGGGCUGCCCGUGCCCGUUUUUCACGCGAUGACUUGUACAAUUAUCUUUUCAAAGGUACUUGGAUAAUAAUGAAAUAAAAGUUUUUGA